GGUAAUAUGGGUAAAAUUGAAGGGCAAUGCUAAUAAUAAAUAAUAAAUAGUGAUAAUAUUAAUUUGGGGUUUCACUUGAAGGUUUGCAGUUUACUCCUCUUUUUGGUGCGGCAUCUCUCGCCUCUCAACUCCCAAUUACUCAGCCAGGAUCAAUCUGAAUGUGCGGACUGUAAUCUUUUGAGGGGUAGAGUCUUGGAAGAUUUAUUCAGUAUCUGCAUUUUGAUUUUGGCCAGCCUGUUCUGAUUGCAGCUAUAAAGUAAAUGUAGCUUUUUGUCAGUUUGCUUGGUCAUAGCACUCGCUUUCAGGUUUUGAAAUCUGGAUUUUUGAUGGAGUGCAAUAAAGAAGAGGCUUUAAGGGCUAAGGAAAUUGCUGAAAAGAAAAUGGAAAGCAAGGAUUUCAAUGGGGCAAGAAAAUUUGCCCUUAAGGCUCAGCAGCUAUAUCCUGAUUUGGAGAAUAUCACUCGAAUGCUUAUUGUUUGUGAUGUGCAUUGCUCCGCUGAGCACAAAUUGUUUGGUAAUGAAAUGAACUGGUAUAAAAUUCUUCAAAUUGAGCAGACGGCUAAUGAUACAACAAUUAAGAAGCAAUACAGGAAGUUUGCUCUCCAACUUCAUCCUGACAAAAACAAGUUUGCUGGUGCAGAAGCUGCAUUUAAGCUGAUUGGGGAAGCUCAAAGAGUUCUUUUGGAUAGAGAAAAACGAUCUCGGCUUGACAUGAGUUUGCACAGGUUUCCAAUGAACAGAACCACUAUGCCAUCUCAUCAUCAGCAGAAUGUUCAGAUGAAAUUUAAUCCUGUGAUGCAAACCAGUAUCAGGCCCAAUUUUACAAACUUCAAUCCUCCACAGCAACAGCAGUCUAGGCAGCCAUCUAAGCAGGGGCCUAAUGGUGUCCGCCCUACUUUUUGGACUGUGUGCUCAUUUUGCUCUGUUAGAUACGAGUAUUAUAGGGAAGUUUUAAACAGAUCUCUUCGCUGUCAGAAUUGCAAUAGGCCAUUCAUUGCAUAUGAUGUGGAUAUACAAGGUACAACACCAGCAACUAAUACAAGUCAGCAAGCUUUUGCUGCACAGAACUAUAGUCAGAAUCAUGGUGCUUUCAAGGUUGGUGUUGGAUCUCAAGGUAAUUUGCAUGCCCGCAGGUCCAAUACAGAACCACAUCAGAAAAAAGGUCCUACUGCUGAUGUCUCUGUAAAGACAAAUGAAAAAAAGAGGAAAAGGCGGGCAUCAGAAUCCAGUGAAAGUUCCGAAUCUAUAGGCAGCACUGAUUCUGAAUCUGAAGAGGAUAUACUCUAUGAGAAAGAUGUUUCUCCCAGUGUUUCUACUCAUAGAGAAGGGAAUCCACGUAGAUCUACUCGACAAAAGCAUAAGGUUUCCUACAGGGAGAAUGUGAGUGACGAUGAUGAAGGAAGUGGAUCUCCAUCUGGUGCAGGUGAAAAUGGGGAGGCAGCUAAAAUGAAUGAUCAGUAUGGUUUGGCUGCUGAUCUGAAAGAUGAUCAACAAGGGGUAAAGCAGAAGCAAAACUCUUGUUCUGAUGAGAGCUUACAAAAUACAAAGGAGGAAAUUGUGGAGGUGAGAGGGAAAGAAGCAGUGGGCAGCUCAAAGAUAGAUAAAGGUUCAGAGCAGUCGACCUCGGAACCAACAAAUCAACCAGAUAGUUUUGUUUAUCCAGAUGCAGAGUUCAGUGACUUUGACAAGGACAAGACAGAGGGGUCUUUUGCUGCUGGGCAGAUUUGGGCUAUUUAUGAUACUAUCGAUGGUAUGCCUAGAUUCUAUGCUUUAAUCAGAAAAGUCCUCACUCCUGGAUUCAAAUUGCGGAUAACGUGGUUUGAACCAGAUCCAGAUGGGAAAGAUGAAUUUCAGUGGUUCCAUGAGCAAUUGCCAAUUGCUUGUGGGAAAUAUAAACUAGGUAUAACUGAAUUCACUGAAGAUCAUUUGAUGUUCUCUCAUCUGAUUUUUUGUGAAAAGAUUGACCGCCGCACAUAUAAAUUAUAUCCUAGAAAGGGUGAAACUUGGGCUAUUUUUAAAAAUUGGGAUAUCAAAUGGCAUAUAGAUGCAAAAUCUCAUCGGCAGUAUGAUUUUGAAUUUGUUGAAGUCUUAUCAGAUUAUGUUGAAGGUGUGGGAGUAGUUGUUGCAUACUUGGCUAAGUUGAAAGGUUUUGUGAGUCUCUUCUCUCAAAUUGAGGGAUAUAAACGUACAUUUCAAAUUCCAUCAGCUGAGUUAUUCAGAUUCUCUCACAGGGUUCCAUCUUUUAAAAUGACUGGUCAGGAAAGAGUUGGUGUUCCCGUAGGAUCUUAUGAACUUGAUCCUGUAUCAUUGCCAUUGAAUAUCGAAGAGAUUGAUGUUCCUGAAGAUUUAGAAGUAAUGGCUGGUUGUUUUCCAUCUACUGGGACGAGCACAAGGUCUUCAGAUAUGUCAAAAUUCAAGAACUCCGAGGGAUGUACAUCUACUGCAAAGGUUAAUUUGAAAAGAAGCAAUUCAGAAGAGGAGAACAAGGAUCCCAUUGAUCAUAAUGGUAAUGAUAGUAGUGCUCCAUCAGCUUCAGCCGAAGAUGAUGCUUUUGAAAUUCCCGACCCUGUGUUCUGCAAUUUUGAUGCUGAGAGGUCUCUUGAAAAGUUUCAGAUCGGUCAGAUUUGGGCAUUUUACUGUGACGAGGAUGGACUGCCAAAGUACUAUGGUCAGAUUAAGCAGGUUAGGACUAGCCUAACUAGCCCAGAACUUGAGUUACAAGUUACUUAUCUUACUAACUGCUGGUUACCGGGGAACAGUGUUAGAUGGGAAGAUAAGGAUAUGCUUAUUUCCAUUGGAAAAUUUAAAAUCAAAGCGGGUGCUCGUCCCUGCACUUAUAUCAACACCUAUUCUGUUUCGCAUCAGGUGCACACUGUAACUGAUGGUAAGAAGAAGGAAUAUGAAAUUUUUCCAAGGAAAGGCGAAAUUUGGGCAUUGUAUAGGAACUGGACGGCCAAAAUAAAACGUUCUGAUUUGGAUAACUGGCGGUAUGACAUAGUGGAAGUUAUUGGAGAAAAUGAUUUGUGGAUGGAUGUUCUACCCUUGGAGUUGGUAAGUGGUUACCAUUCAGUUUUUAAGGGUAAAUCAAAUGAAGGAUCACCUAGGACCAUGCGAAUAUUGUGGAAAGAGUUGCUUAGGUUCUCUCACCAAAUCCCUGCCUUCAAACUGUCAGAAGAACAUGGUGGCAAUCUGAAAGGCUUCUGGGAACUUGAUCCGGGAGCACUACCCCUUCAUUAUUUUUCCAACAAAUAAAAGAAGCCUUAAACUGAACUUGCGUAGUUCAUCUGUAUUUAUGUACAACUCUUUUGCUGGGAAGCAAAAUUUGCUAUCCUAAGGACAUUUUUGGACUCAGCUUUUUUUAGAUGUUUAAAUUAGAUAAAAACUAUACAACAGUUUCUGUGUAUAUGCAGUAGUAGUUCCUGCAUGAUCACAGUUGAUAUGAUAUUACCUGAGCCCUAAGAUAUUGUUCCAGCUACCUUGAGGUAAAUUGGGAUUGCUGAUUCUCAUUUG